UCAAUACAAACUUAUAAAGAGCGCCCAUUAUUUGAAAAUUCUCUCCAACCAACUAAAAAUACGAUGCCGAUAAUCAAAACCCUCCAGAUAUCCUUCUUAGCCUUAUUAUGUUUCACCUUCCUCCUCCACGCCGCCUUAUCCUACGCCGCCGUCCUCAGCCUCCCUCAUUGUCUAUCCUGCGCCGUUUGCGCCCUCGUCUACUUCUUCCACCGCCUUCGCUCCCGCCCCUACCCCGUCUUCCUGCUAAAUUACGCCUGUUACAAGCCGCCGCCCCACCGGAAAUGUUCUUAUCAGGUGGCGGAGUCGUUCGUCCGCCGCGACGAACACUUCUCCGAUGAAACGUUCAAUUUCAUGCGUAAUAUUUACGCUAAGUCCGGAUUAGGGGACGAGACCUACGGGCCGCCGUUUAUAUUUGAGAGCGGUUGUACUCCGACGCUGAAAUCCGCCGUGGAAGAAGCUGAAGAGGGGAUCUUCUCCUCCAUUGAUAGCGUUUUGGCUAAAACCCUAAUUGAUCCUCGGAGUAUAGAUGUUGUUAUUGUCACGUGCGGAAGCUUCUCGCCGGCUCCGUCGCUCUCGUCCUUCAUCGUGAACCGUUAUGGCCUUAGACCGGACGUGAAAACGUAUAAUUUGAGCGGAAUGGGGUGCAGCUCCGGCGUCAUUUCCGUCGAUCUCGCGGCGAGGAUUUUGCGCGGUGGUGGUAGGGGAAAAGUCCAAAAUGCCCUCGUCGUCAUCACCGAGAGCAUCACCUUGAACUGGUACCCGGGGGCUAAUCGGUCCAUGAUGGUCACCAAUUGCAUCUUCCGGGUCGGGUGCGCCGCCGCGAUAAUCACGAACGACCCGACCCGGCGGCGCGGCGCCAAGAUGGAGCUCGUGGAAUCUCUCCGGACACACCACGGCGCCGACGACGCCGCGUACCGAGCCGCGUUCCAGGAGGAGGACGACAAGGGCAUCACCGGCGUCUCCCUCACCAAAGACCUCAUCAGAGUCGCCGGAAUCAACCUCCGCCGCCACAUCACGCUCCUCGCGCCGAGAGUCCUCCCGCCGAGCCAGCUCGCGAGCUACCUCGUCUCCGCCGCGAAAUCCGCGCUGUCCGGCGGGAAAUCGAAGCCGCCGCCGCCGCCGGACUUCACGGCGGCGUUUCAGCACAUGUGCAUUCACACGGGCGGGAAGGCGGUGAUCGAGCAAGUGGGGAGAGUGCUCCGGCUCAGCGACGAGGUGACCGAACCGGCUCGGAUGACUUUAAACCGGUUCGGUAACACGUCUAGUAGCCUGGUAUUCUACGAGCUGGCUUAUUUUGAAGCCAAACAGAGAGUUAAGAAAGGAGAUAAAAUGUGGAUGAUAGCUUUCGGGACAGGGUUUAAGGUUGGAAGUCUUGUUUGGAAAUGGCUUCAAGAUUCAAAUCAAGAAAUUGAUAAUCCUUGGAAUGAUACCAUACACAAUUACCCUUUAAAGGCCUGGUAGGUAGUUAUUAAUUAGUGAAGUUAAUUUAAUUUACCAAAAAAAAAUAAUCCCUAUAUAUUAGAAAGAGGGAAAUUGUAGUUGUUCUUUAUUGUUAUGUUGUAUUCUUUUUUCUUUGUAACUCUAACAAAAUAUCAAGAAGUUGAAGAUAUUAGUGCAUGCUGCAUGUAUAAAGUCAUAGUAGAUGUUAAAGUAUAUUUU